AUUAUAUUCUUAUAUGUAAGUUGGACUAAAUAAAUUUGGAUUCUCUUUUGAUAAAAAAAUUGGAAGUGGUUCUUUUGGUUAGAUAUUUUUAGGUACUAUGAUAUUAUUAAUAACAAUAAAGGAACUAAUAAAUAAACUGGACAAGAUGUUGCCAUUAAGUUAGUAUGAGAAUUUUUAUUCAUCUAGGAAGCUGUGGCCAAUAAACAUCCAUAAUUAAUUUUCGAAGGCAAAAUCUAUAAAGUAUUGUAGGGAGGAAGUAAAUUUAAUACAAAUAUUAUUAGUGGGAAUACCUUCAGCUUAUUGGGUUGGAAGUGAAGGAGAAUACAACAUUUUAGUGAUGGAACUACUUGGUCCUAAUUUAGAAGAUCUAUUUAAUUAAUGCAAAAGACAUUUUUCACUUAAAACAGUUCUUAUGAUUGCUUAAUAGAUGCUUUCAAGAAUUGAAUUCAUUCAUAGCAAAAAUUUAAUUCAUAGAGAUAUUAAACCUGACAAUUUUUUAAUUGGAUUAGCUUAAAAGAGUGAUAUCAUUUAUAUUAUAGACUUUGGUCUAUCUAAGAAGUAUAGAGAUUAAAGAACUAGUAUAUUUUAUAUUUUUAAAUUCAAGAUCUUCACAUUCCUUAUAGAGAGGGUAAAAGUUUGACUGGUACAGCUAGAUAUGCUAGUGUUAAUACACAUUUAGGAGUUGAGUAAAGUAGAAGAGAUGAUUUAGAAGCUAUUGGAUAUGUUUUAGUUUAUUUUCUAAACGGAUAACUACCUUGGCAAGGUUUGAAAACAGAUAACAAAAAAGAUAAAUAUGAAAAAAUUGCAGAAUCUAAAAUUGCUACAUCUAUUGAAAGAUUAUGUGAAGGAUUGCCUGAAGAAUUUUCAAUCUAUUUCAAUUAUUGUAAAAGUCUAAAAUUUGAAGAAAGACCUGAUUAUGUUUGGUUAAAAAAAUUAUUGAAAGAUCUUUAUACAAGAAUGAAAUAUCCAAAUGAUAACGUAUUUGAUUGGACUAAAUUAUGAUCAUUCAUUAUAUUUCUUAG